AAAAUGAAUGAGAGGGCAAAGGCAGAGGCAGCUUUUUGCAGAGAGAAGCCAAGGGAAACUCAAACCCAAACCAAAUGGGUGCAGAAGCCUUCCCCAUCGACCCACCAGAGGUUGCCCCUCGUCCUCCUCUCAUUCUGGGUCUCCAGCCAGCUGCUCUCAUCGACCACGUCGCUCGUGUUGAUUCCUCCUUGCUCGACCAAAUACCCGGUGACCGCGGUGGCUCUAUACCCGUAGCAAUUCAAGAACUUGAGCACAUUUUAGAGAAGGUGGAGACACACAUGCUGGCUUCUCCUGAUGAUAAAUCUUCUAUUAAGACUCUUGCUGGAGGCAGUGUAGCCAAUACUAUCCGAGGUCUUAGUGCUGCUUUUGGAGUCUCUUGUGGUUUAAUUGGUGCUUAUGGAGAUGAUGAUCAAGGCCAUUUCUUUGUACGUAAUAUGAGCUUUAGUGGCGUUAAUCUCUCGAGAUUGAGGAGGGAAAACGGAUCCACUGGCCAGUGUGUUUGUUUGGUUGAUGCAUUGGGAAAUCGUACAAUGCGGCCCUGCCUCUCAAGUGCUGUCAAAGUUCAGGCUGAUGAAUUGACCAAUGAGGAUUUUGAAGGCUCCAAGUGGUUAGUAACGAGAUAUUCAAUUUUUAACAUAGACAUUAUUCAAGCAGCUAUCCGUAUAGCAAAGCAAGAGGGCCUUAGUGUCUCAUUGGAUUUGGCCAGCUUUGAGAUGGUGCGGAACUUUAGACAACCCCUUCUUGAGUUGCUAGAGUCAGGAGAUAUUGAUCUCUGCUUUGCCAAUGAGGAUGAAGCAAUGGAGCUUCUAAGAGGUGAACAAAAUGCUGAUCCUGAAGCUGCUCUAGAAUUCUUGGCCAAACACUGCAAGUGGGCUGUAGUGACGUUAGGACCUAAUGGGUGCAUUGCACAACAUGGAAAAGAGAUUGUUCGGGUUCCAGCAAUUGGGGAAGCAAAUGCGACAGAUGCAACUGGAGCAGGUGACCUCUUUGCCAGUGGGUUUCUGUAUGGACUGGUCAAGGGAUUAUCUUUAGAGGAAUGCUGCAAGACGGGCGCAUGCAGUGGUGGAUCUGUUGUCCGCUCCCUUGGGGGUGAGGUGACCCCAGAGAACCGGCACUGGAUGUAUAAGCAGUUACAAGUUAAAGGCCUCUCUGUUCCGGAAAUCCGCAACUGAUGCUACUUGUGUAGAGUAACCGUGGUUCAUACAAGCAAAGAGAGAUAUCUUGUAGUUGUAGGUUUCAUUUUUGGCUAUUUUUAUGAACACAACUCGUUUCUGUGCUUUAAAAAGAAUUUAAUUGAUGAGUCACUGUGAAGGCACAUUUUGGUGAGAGGCAACUUUCAUUUGUGGGCGAAUACAUAUUGAAUUAACUCAAUUAAUGAUGAGAGUACGAUUUCUGAAGAAAAAAGAAUAAUUCAGUUCUGGAUCUCUACACUUAUCUUGUUUUUUUAUUUGAUCUCUUCACUUUUAUUCGUUUAA